AUGACGGGUCGCAAAAGUUACGAACCCAAACAGUGCAUUCCAGUAAUAAAUGAUGUUCGAGACGAGAAAUUCGCUGGAGAAACUGAGGAUGGGGCGCUGGAAGAGUUCUCCGCGCUUCCGAAAAUUUGGAAAAAUCCAGAAAGACUUUCCAUCCCUUCUGACUACUCCCUCUUGCUCUCAUCGCUGAGCCGAGAAAUCCACAUGGAAUCUAACUUUUCUGAAACGCUUCUAGUGCUGAAAACCAUGAAAAAUCGCAAAAAUAGUCCAGAAAAAACCAUUGACAAAAUGUUCGAAUUUCUGUUGACCCAAAUUCUAAGAGAGGAAACUAGGAGAAAGUGUUUCCCCUGUGGAUGUGUCCAAAAAAUGUACAUCGAGCUUUACACGGAAAAUUCGAAUACCCGCCUAAUUGGAGCCCUAAACUCGUUGAUUACCGGGAAAUUGGCAGAUUUGGAUCCAGUUGUCAAAAGACUGUUCCUCGAAAUGCAGCAAAUUCGCCCCAUCGAAUACUACGAGUACUACAUUGAGCUGCUCGGCGAGCUGCAAAUGUGCUCUGUUAUCGAUAAAACCGAUGAGAAACAGUUGCCACGUGUCAUUCAGCUGAUUGGAUUACUGUCAGAAUUAAAACUAGAAGACGUCCCAAAAGCAUGUGGAAAGCUGUACUAUUUGAUGGGGACCAUGAAAGGAGAUGGCAAGAAGAAGUCGUCAGUCAUGGAUAACGCCGUCAAAAGUAAACUCCUACCCAAAAUUUUUGAUUCGAUAAUUUUAUCGGCGGGAGGUUCGAAAAUUUUGAAUUUAUCUCGAAAUUCUGUUCACAAAAUGGUGGAAUUGGUGAUCAAUGAAAAGUAUUCGUAUGCUGAACAAGCCACUAUCUCAUUCGCUCCAUUGCAAUUUUUGAAUCGCAUUUUUCAAGAAUUCGAAAUAUGGGAAAAAUCAUGGGCGGCACUGAAAAAUCGGCUGGAUUCGUUUAAGAUGAGCAAUCCACAAGCGCCAAUCGUUUUUCUUUAUUUUCUGAGCUUGAUUUAUAGAAAUGAUCAAUCACUGAUCGGGUGUCUAGUGGAGUUUCUGGAACUACAGUACCACCAGAAUUCUGAGAAUAGUGAAAUUAAGAAAACUAUUCUAAUCCUUCUGGAAAUCAUGGAAAGCCUCGGUGACUCCGCCCCCUCGAUCAAUCAAUAUUUCAAAGAGAAUCAUCCGAAGAAUCGUCUGCUUCUAGACGAAUCCGAAGAGCUGGAAAUCGUUUUGGACCAUUUUCAGAACUUUUCAAACGCUGAAAUCAAUCAAUUCCUAGCCAAAAAAUCGUUUUGCAAUUCGGAAUUUUCGAUUUUAAUCGACAAAUUGAAGGAUGAUUUGAAUUUUUCGAUCACUUCUGAUACAUUUUGGAGGAUUCUACUCGAAAAAAUCGAUGAGAAUUCGAUGAUUUUUAUUGAAAAUCAACUGAAAAUGCUCAUAAAUCGACAGGAUCGAAAAUCGAUUCAGACGAAAAUUGAGCAGAUUUUUCGCAAAAUUUUGAAGAAUUUCGAAGAGAAAUCGACGAAAAAAUUGGAGCUGGUCUUGCUGAAAUUCCCGAAAAUCUUGUUUGAUUUUAACGAUGAGCAAUGGAGAUUGAUGCCGCCGACGACGACGAUUUCAUUGGUUUCUACGCUGAUUUUUGGAUUUUCAGCGAUUUUUGAGGGGAAUGAAUCCCAAAUCACUUGUCUCCUCCAACAACUCCUCUCAAAAAUCACCGCUUCUCCUCCGAUUUCCAAUUCAAAUCCACUGAAAAUUCUAGAAGAAAUUAUUGAAAAAAUCCGCGAAAAUCGAUUUCCAGGAAGUCUCGAAAUUGGAUUUUUAAAGGAAAUUUACGAUGAAAAUCCCGAGAAUUUGCAGAAAAAGGAGCGAAUUCUGCAAAUUUCGGCGAUUUUAUUCGAAAAACUGGCGGCGGAACUUCAAAGAUCGGGCGAUACGAACGGAAAAGCGCCAUUCUGUCAGAUUUCAACGAUUAUCGAUGAUUAUUUGAAGAAGGUUGGGCGGCGGGAAAACGAAAUUAUUCAAAAUUUUGAAAUUUUGCAAACAAUUUCGCUAAAAACGAUGCGAGGCUAUGUAUUGAUGUGGACCGAAAAAUGGAAUUGGCUCUUUGUUUCGAGGAAAAUUUGGACGAUUUUAAGCACUGCGAAAACGAUGGAUUCGGAAUUUUUGAAGGAAUUGAUGGAGGUUUUGAAUCAGAAUCAGUCUAGAAACUUGAGACCGUACGAAUCGGGGAGACACCCAAAAGCGGGAGACACGAAAGCGGGAGACGAAAUUGCUUACCGUACCACCGUUAAUUCCCAAACCGAGAGUAACCAAACGGCCGAAAAUGAUGUUCAGGAGCAUAAAAAAGGUCUCAAAAUUUUUAAAAACAUAUUUUCAUUUGUCUCGGGUAUUUUAUUCACAAAUUUACUGAAAAAUAGUCUAAUUUUUUACAACGGAACGGUGGAUUACGGUAAGCAAUUGCGUACUUUCUCCCCUUUCGUCUCAAGCUUUCGUGUCUCCCGCUUUUGGGUGUAUUUAGUGAUUCGUACGGUCUCAGAAACUUGA